AUUGUGUUGCAGCGGCGCAGCGAGCCACCAGCUGUCGGCGGCCGCUCUGCUGCCGUCGCCCGACGGCUCGCGCCACCCGCUCGAUGUGUACGACUUCGCCGAGGAGGAGCUGGGCCACCGCGGCCCACGGCCCGCGCCCCCCGGCCUCUGGGACUGCCUCGUGGGCUGCCGCCGUUAUCAUCGUCCAUAAAUGUUGCGCCUCCGUUUGCGUUGGCAGGUGGAGCAGGGGCUGCGCCUGUACAGCCAGCACAAGCAGCAGGCGGCCGUGCGCAAGUGGCGCAGCGCUCUCAAGCGCAUCCGCAAGCGCGAGGAUAAGUUCACGCUGCUCGGCUACCUCUACCAGGCCUACAUGGACUGGGGCAAGUACAGGGAGAGCCUGGAGUUCGCGCACCGGCAGCUGAGCCUGGCGGAGGAGGCGGACUCGCCCAACCUGCGCGCGGAGGCGUACCUGAGCCUGGCGCGCGCCCACCAGCGCCUGGGCGGGCUGGAGCGGGCGCUGGCCUACGGCCGCCACUCGCUCUACAACGAGUGCGACCAGUGCCAGACGGCCGGCCAGGUGCACCUCACCGUCGGCUCCGUCUACCUGGAGCUGGCCGCCUUCUGCAAGGCGCUCGAGGCCUUCCAGCAGGCGCACAAGAUCGCGCAGGGCAUCCAGGACCCCGCGCUCGAGCUGCAGGUGUACGUGGGGCUGAGCGAGCUGUUCGGGCGGCUGCAGGACGCGGACAAGAGCGCGCGCUACGCGGCCAAGGCGUACGACCUGUCGCGCUCGCUGCAGCUGGGCGACCUCAACUCGCGCCACCACCGCGCCGCGCUGCUUCAGAUGGCGUCGGCGCUGCGCAAGCAGGGCGAGCUCGGCGACGCCCAGGACUACUGCACGGAGGCCACGCGCUUGUCGAUUGUGUCAGGUGAUCAGGCGGCGUACGCACGCAGCAUUCGGAUCAUGGGCGACAUCUACCGCAAGAAGUCCGACAUCAAUAAGGCGUACCGGCAGUACGAGAGCGCCAUGGGGUCUGCGGCCGGCAUGGGCGACCGCCUGUGCCAGAUGGAGGCCAUGGACGGCGCGGCGCGCUGCCUCGAGGCGCUGCGCCUGCAGCAGAAGAUCUGCAACUGCCGCCCGCUCGAGUUCAACACGCGCCUCCUGGAGGUGGCCAGCUCCGUCGGCGCAAAGUUACGCUUUCAUUCUUAUCAACACUUCGAUCGCUGA